CAUCUACGUUUAAUAUUUUUUCCUGAUCUAGGAAAUUAUAGAAAUAUUGCCGGUUUGUGACGAAUAGUAAGAAAAGAGUUUCAAGAUGUCACGGUGUGAUUUAGAUGCCAUACAGUUGCAACUGAAGACUGCAAUUCAAAGUCACCAGUUUCUAGUGACGAAGAUGAAAUCGGACCCACAGAAUGCUGAUCUUAGAAAACAACUUCAUGAUUUGCAGAGAGAAAUCACAGUUUUGAGUGAGAAACAGAAAGUCAUUGUUCAGAAUCUAAGAAAGGAACUUGUCACCAGGCAGCAGUCCACACCAAUAGCACCUCCUGUCUCUAAGUCUGAGGCUGAUGUUCAGUCAUGUGUGUCUACACGACUGCAACCAAUACAGCCAAAGCCACCAACUGUACAGGUCAGUGCAGUUGUUACCCCAGUCAGCAUACCAACAAACCUGGUGAAAAAGGAGGAAGUGUGUCCAGUGAAGCGAGAAGAUUCAUGUCCGGUCAAACUCGAGGGAGACAAUACCACACCCAACCAAUCUACCAAUCAGAACUCACCGUCUCCUAGGUCAACUUCUCCACCAAUCAGAGUACCACAGUAUCCUCUACACCGACCGUCAAUCAUUCCCCAGGGUAAACCUGUGAGCAAUAAGGGCUUGUCCUUUUCCUCAUCACUUUCUCGACGGCCUUCAGACUCUGACCUACGUGACAUUCGAAAAACAGUAGAGAAGAAACAGAUUUCACCGGAGGAAAAAGAGAAACUAGCUUACAUGGCUGUUUUAGAACUGGUGACUCAGGAGACAUUAAAAGAAAUGCAGAGCAGAAAACACGAACGGAAAAGAAGAACCACAGCCAACCCAAUGUACAAUUUUGAACCGGAAAUACAUCGAAGAAGACCAACAUCACUGGUAUUAAAUAACUUACCAGGAAUGAAACGACCACGAGGCAGACCACCAAAGCAUGCUAGGUCACCAAGCAACAGCCAUCCUGGAACACCAGACAGUAACGACAGUGGAGGUGGCUUCAGAAACGGCAUGUUCAAAAACGGGUUUGAGGACGUACAUGAGGAUCUGUGUGCGGUGUGUGGUCAGUCUGGCCAACUUUUGUUAUGUGACACCUGUAGUAAGGUGUAUCAUCUCCAGUGCCUUGACCCACCUCUCCCCUGUGUCCCUGAUGGACGCUGGAGCUGUCCUAAAUGUCAGGCUUCAGGACGGUCAAAUGCCUGGACGUCAGAAACUUUAGCCAUGGUACAUUCCUUUAUUGCAAACAAAGCUGCUAAGGAAGAAGAGAGGAAAAAAUUACAUAAGAAGAGUUUGGAGCUAAAUAAUGAAGUGGUCUUGUUGGAAUCCAAAAAAAAACAGCUUGGAGAGGCAUUAAUUCAACAACGACAGAAACAUGAGGAAUUGAUGGAAACUAAUCGCCACAACCAACAGUCAGUGGAAAAUUAUAAAAACUUCAUCAAAGUUAUACAGAGCUCAUAGCAGAGUGUGUCUUAUGGGUCAGAUUACACCGACCAUUAUACUGACCAGUGACUACAGAAGUCUGAUUAUAAUGGUCAUUGGGCAGUACAAGACACUUUAUAGUAGUAAUUUCAUCCAUUCAGCAUGAAAGUUGGUCACAACUUAGACAAUACUGAGAGAUAUAACGGUGGAGAGAAACGGUGUGGAAGAUUCCUGUGAUUAGUUAAUUUUUCUCAUGGUAACUGACCAUUGAUUUUCUAAGAACCUGGUGCUUAUCAACAAUCUUGGUGAAUGGUCAGAAAACACCUCACCUGUUACCUUGAUGUGACCUUCAUGUUCAACUCAUCUGUAAUGUAGAUACAGCUCACUCGUGACUUUGAUAUUAAGCUCACUUGUGACCUAACAACAGCUCACUCGUGAUCUAGAUGUACUGCUCACUCCUAGACUUUGCCCUGUAUGGAUUUGAUGGUGCUGACUGUUGAACUUGCCCUGUUAAGAUUGGGUUUUCUUUUAGAUGCUAGUCUGUGUGAAGUUGACACCACAACUCAUUUGUGGUGUAUGCUUUAGAUAUUUGAGUGAUAAUUUGACAAGGUUGAAUGGAAUAAAAUGGGACCAAUAUCUUGAUUUUCAUUAGAAUUAAAUAUACUAAGAUACACUCAGACAGCUGUAGAUGUUCCUCUGGAUACAUAUUCAGGAAAUAACACAAACUAUAUUUUAUUUAUUUAUCUGUAUUCAGUGGUUUUAUGGCGUGGAGGAGUAAAUAUAUGUGUCCGACAUCUUCAGUUUCACAAAUCCAUCCACCCAUUUUGAAACUUAUAAGGACAUUUUCAUGUUUUGGUAGACCUCUGUUGUGGAGAGUAACUUCCAAGCUAUCUGCCUUGUAAAGUGUCUUGUAAACCAGGCUGUGUAGGUUUGAUGAAUAUAAGGUGAAUGACCAAACACAUGUGUAGGUCUCGACAUGUGUGUGUCAAAGGGCCAAACACAUGUAGGUCUGAUGUACAUAUGUUUGAAAUACCAAACACAUGGUGUGAUGCAUGAGUGUGUUUCAAGGGCCAAAAACAUAUAGGUCUUACAUGUGUGUCAAGAAUUAAAAAUGUCUGAUGCAUGUGUGUACAGAUUUAAAAAUGUCGGUCUGAUGUAUGAAUGGAUGUGAAGGUCUGAGGUAUGUAUGUGUAAAUGGUCCAGUACAUGUAUGUGUGUGUUAAGGGUCAACAUGUGUUGUAUGAUGUAAGAUAAUACUAUGUAUGUAUAUAAUGUCUAUAGUGGAUCUAACAAUAAUAAUCACAAAGAUUAUACACACAGGUUUUGUUGCUGUUAUUUUUGAUCAGAGAUACAGGUCUCAGAUUUGAUACUGACGUACAUGGUCACUUUACAGAGAUACCAACCACUCUGAUUUAAGUGGAGAAUCUCCAGGUUUGGGUCUCAAAUUCCGCCCUGAUAUUAUAUAUAUUGUUUCUGUGCUUUUUGACAAUUAGAAAAAAAAAAUUACAGCGCACAAUUUGCCUUCAAGUACAAAUCUAUAAACCAAGGAGGGCACAGCCACAUGCUUAUUGGUACAUUUGGAAUCAUUUAGUGUGUUUUAUUUUUACAUCGUGUAUGGUUUAUCUCCUGUUUGGGGUAUUUCAGAACAGAAAGAGAGACAAAUUCAACUCAAAAAUAGAAACGGACAGAUAUCUGUGCUACGAUAUUGAUUAAGUUUCAGACAUGGUCAAAACUCUUAGUUUAAUACAAACUUUGUUAUAUAUUGAUUCUUCCUAAUAUUUUUUGCAUCUGUUACAUGAAGGAGCAUAUAUUACAUGUUAUGUGCAAUAAAACAAAUGUGAGAUAAAUGUUUGAUAAAAUGUAAAUAAAAACAAACCAGACACUGGUUAUACAUAACUAAUUGUGACCUCUAUGUGGUCAAAGUCAAAUGAAUUGGUUGAAUAUGAAGACUCAAAAAUUGCUUUUUUAAGCCUAAAUAGUGAUAUUUUCCUGUCUUGACUUGAGUGUUUCAGAAAAAUGGAUUGACAUAAUAGAAUUUCCUGUCACUGCUUCGUGUCUCACACUAUUUUGUAAACUGGUUAUUUAUGAAUUGUCAAAAUUGCGGCAACAAAAAUGAACUUAACCUCAUUAUUUUGAAGCUUGAAAUAGAUAAUGAGAAAACAAUAAUGAUUAUCAGAAAUAAAAUAAUGCUGAAUGGAAUUUGUCAGAAUAAAUUAAGCUAUUUACUAUGCAGUAAAACCACUUAUAACGAGACUGAAAUGAUUUCUUUACUUUCUAGAAGAUUUUACUUCUGUUAAUAUUGUAUUGUAAUUAUGAAUGCUUUGUGAAUAUUUCCACAUGUAGACAAAUACAUUGUCAUGACGUGAAAGUUUUCUACACAUCAUGUUCAUAUGUUGAGGUAAAAAAUGAAUUCUGUAUCAUUGACAUGAUCAUUUGUUGUUGUCCUGUGUAGUGUAUCAAAUCACUUGGUACUAAAAUGACUUCUGGCACUCCUGUCCAUGUGCUUAGACAACUUGAAACCCUGCAUAUCAAUGUUUUGUUAUUGUGUUUUAUUUAUUACAGAUGUCUGUUUUCUUGGAUUGUGAAAAAUUUGGGUUCUGUUGUCUGUAGGUGGUGUACAGAUGUCUGUUUUCUCAGAUUGUGAAGAAAGUUAGGGUUCAUGUGUCUGUUACAGGAGGUAUGUUUCAGAGUUAUACAUCUAUAUGAAAUGUUUGAUAUUGUAUAUGCUAGUCUUUAUAUUACAGGAUUUGCACAUCCAUGUGUGACGAUAGGUAUCUCCGAAAGCACUGGGGAAACAAUUUGAUACAGAAAAUUGUCCUUUUUCAAAUGACAUCUUUAUAGGAUUUAUCAUUUGGACUAUUCAUUUGAUGUUCUAAAAUGUAAAGUUUUCAGUGGAAUGCUAGCUUUGUGUUUAGGCUUCCAGUUAAAAAAAUUGUGUAUUGUAUUACUUUUUAAAUUUUUUAAAAAUAUUUUUAAAUAAGCUUGU